AUGCGCAGCAGAACCACCUCGCAGGCCGAGCCCGCUGACUCGUCCACCGGUGCCGCCCUCCGCCAGCACAAAGCUCAUCAGCGCCAUGGCUCCGGCGUAAAUCCCCACGCCCGCUCCAUCUCCCUCGGCCGCCUCGAGCUCGACGAACCUGCCGACAUGGACACGCCCAUCGAACACAGCAAGCCGCCGCCCGCCAGCUGGGCCACGCUGCCUCACAAGGGCCAGCUCGCCGUGCUGGCCAUCUCGCGCUUUGUCGAUUUUUUCCAAAUGGCCUCGCUGCAGACGUACAUGGUCCACCAGCUAAAGUCCUUCGAUCCCGCCCUGCCCGACUCGGCCAUCUCGCACCAGGCCGGUGUGCUGCAGGGCAGCUUCACUGCCACCCAGAUUGUCACUGCUGUCGUCUGGGGGCGCGUCGCCGAUGCCCCGUGGUGUGGUCGCAAACGCGUGCUGUUGAUCGGCCUCGUCGGCACCGCUUUCUCGUGUUUGGGCGUCGGCUUCUCGCAAACUUUUUUGCAGGCCACGCUCUGGCGCAUGUUUGGCGGUGCCAUCAACGGCACCAUCGGCUCUGCGCGAACCAUGGUUGCCGAGACGGUCGAUAAGCGCUUCCACUCGCGCGCUUUCCUGCUGCUUCCACUUGCCUUCAACGUGGCCAACAUCCUCGGUCCCAUUCUGAGCGGCUUGCUCGUCGAGCCUGUCGCCGCAUACCCAAAGCUCUUCGGCCCAGCCUCAGUCUUUGGCGGGGUCGAUGGUGUCCAAUGGAUGGAAAAAUAUCCAUACGCCAUGCCAAACCUCCUCUGCGCCAUCCUACUCGUUCUCGAGGCCAUUGCCGUGCAUUUACUACUCACAGAGACGCUAGCCAGCAUCCGGAACUCCAAGGUCCCGCUUCCCAGCAUCCUGGACCUGGUGAAGAGGUUCAUUUCUCGCUUCACGUCGCCCAAUGCGCACCGCUACAGCCUUGUCGACUCCGCCUCCGAUGGCCUACUGGCGGGCAUGGACGACGACGCUGUUGAACUCUCGUCAAUCAAUCAUGGCGAGAAGCCGAGCAUGACAAAGCGCCAGCAAGUUUUGCCAUUCAGCCGCAUCUGGACCUCCAACGUUCUAUGGGUCUUGCUUUCAAUUGCCAUUUUUGACUUCCAUAUGGGUGCCUUCUCCAGUCUCUGGAUUGUGUAUCUUUCCAGCGAUAGGCCUGCACCUGACAUCACGGCCCGCUUCACCAAGAGAUCCAACCCUUUUAUCUUUAGCGGCGGUCUUGCCUUUGAGCCUGCUGCUAUUGGCUUUGCUCUAGCUGUCCUUGGAAUUGUCGGCCUGUUCCUUCAGCUUUCUAUAUACCCCUGGGCCAACACGCGUUUCGGCCUGAUGCGUUGCUUCCGCUACUCGCUUUUUCUUUUCCCGCUGGCUUAUUUCCUGGCACCCUAUUUGUCUCUCUUGCCCUCGCCAACACCGGCGCCAAGUCCCGCCACAGGAUUCUGGGUAUGGGUCGGCAUCAGUCUCAUUCUCACCCUCCAGGUGACCGCGCGUACCUUUGCUCUUCCAGCUAGUAUUAUCCUGCUCAAUAACUCCAGCCCGCAUCCGAGUGUCCUUGCCACUAUCCAUGGCAUCGGCCAGAGCGUGAGCUCGACCUUCCGCACCGUGGGACCCAUCGCCGCCGGCUACUGGUACGGUGUUGGGCUAGAGAGGGGCAUUGUCGGGAUUGCUUGGUGGCUUGUCGCAGCUGUCAGUUCUAUUGGCUGCGUUGCCAGUUUCUGGGUCCGUAAUGGCACUGGCCACGAGAUUCUCCUGCCUGGUGAGGAACCUCCGGAGAAUGACAGGCAAUAA